AUGUGGCAGAAUGCCAUACUAUGCCUUGCAGCACAUAACUCCAGUGAUGUGCUGUGGUUGUUUCCAGAGACGCUUCCUCAGAGGCACAGGUUUCCAUUCCCCCCCAAUCUUGCUACCGCAGGGCAGGGGGCGACGCCAUCCCAGCAGGGAGCGAGUGGGUUGAUUUCUCUGUCGGAUCGAUCCGCGCCCACACUUUCAGGGUCGUUUUGCAACGCAAGGAGCGGCCUGUCCCAAGCUGCUUCCCUGACCUCCGCCACCACCUCGGCUGCCGGACCUGGCUCACCCAAAGCUUACCCAGACCCAGUGAUCUCGGGCACUCUCGGUGGCUGGCGGCUCUCUCCUAAGCACCGCGAGCUGAUUUCUCUCUUCGAAUGCCCAGUCUGUUUUAAAUAUGUCCUGCCCCCGAUCCUGCAGUGCCAGGCCGGGCACUUGGUCUGUAACCCAUGCCGCCAGAAGCUGAGCCGCUGCCCGACGUGCCGGGGAUCCCUGACCCCUAGCAUCAGGAACCUGGCCAUGGAAAAAGUGGCCUCUGCUGUGCUGUUUCCCUGCAAGGAUGCCACGGCUGAACAUGAAAACCCUCUAUGCUCCUGUCCUUGCCCUGGUAGCUCUUGUGAAUGGCAGGGCUGCCUGGAAGAACUGAUGUCCCACCUCAAUCAUGCUCACAAGGACAUUGUUACCAUUUCAGGGAAAAAUAUCACCUUCUUUGCUGACAACUUUAAUGUGCCAACCCACAACAUUUGGGUGGUGAUGCAGUCCUGCUUAGGCCAUGACUUCAUGGUGGUGCUGGAGAGACGAGACAAGUUCCAGGACCAUCCACAGUUCUUUGCCACUGUGCUGUUCAUUGGAACCAAGGAGCAAGCAGAGAACUUUGCUUAUCGACUGGAACUCAAUGGCAAUGGGCAGAAGCUGAUUUGGGAAGCCACAACCCUUUCCAUCCACUAUGGGGUGGCAGCUGCUAUCUUAAACAACAAAUGUCUUAGUUUUGAUAUGUCUAGAGCACAGGUCUUUGCCCAGGACAGAAAGCUGAGAAUCAAGGUGACCAUUUUAAAAUGUUGGAAAUGAGAUUUUUAUAGCAUUAGGAAGCUGUAGUGUUG